AUGGCCACUGACAGUGCCAACUUGGGAGGAGGUAAGAACCGCCUGCUCUCUGGUAACGAGAAGGAUACGAUGCAAAACCUGAAUGACCGUCUCGCAGAUAAGGUGGGCACUCUGGAGCAGGCAAACAGCGCACUUGAAUAUAAAAUCAAAGCCUGGUAUGAGAAAUUUGGACCUGGAGCUAAUGAUCAAGGAGAAAAACAGGACCACAAGAAGUAUUACCAGAUAAUUGAGGAACUUAAAAACCAGUUAUCGGAGGCAACCACUAAAAACACCAGCCUCAUGCUACAGACUGACAACAUGAAGCUAGCUAAUACACUAUAG